AUGCUCACUCCUUGGGUGGCCAGGCCUCAGGACACACCAUCUCCCGCCCCAGCUCCCGCCCCUGCACAAGCUCCUGCUCCAAGCACUCCCGCCCCAGCUCCAGCACCAGCUCCCCCAGUUCCCGCCCCAGCUCCCGCCCCUGCGCCAGCUCCUGCUCCCACCACUGCCACCCCAGCCCCAGCUCCAACCCAAGCUCCAGCUCCAGCUCCCAGCCAUGCCCCUGGUUCUGCUCCUGCUCCUGCCCCCGUUCCUACUCCUGCCAACCACUUGACAUUGCCAGCAGCGCUUGGGACACAGCUUGAGGGCAAACUGGUGGAGGAUCAAGGGACUGUUGACAUGAGCCUGAGUAGCGCAGGCAAAGCAGCCCCAGAAGAGACCUUGACUGCGCAGACCAGGUAUCCUCAAAGGCCAGCUCCACAGCCAAGUACCUUAAGUACAGCGGACGUGCAGAGAGAGCUGUUGGAGGCAAGGAGUCUCCUCACCCAAGUGAGGUUGAGCAGACCAAGUAGCUUGACCAUGCCUGGUGAAGGCUUGGGAUCUGCUGGCGCUCACUUGACUGAUGCACAAAGGGAGAGGAUUGUGACCAACGCAACCAUGGCUGUGCAGAACGCUGCUAGGGUCCUGGAGCGUGUGACUGGCUGCCAGGUGCAGCUCAAUCUGCCAACACCCUGCCAGGCAGAAGCUUGGCCUCAGUCAAGUACAGAAUCUCUGCUGCAGAUUAGUAUGCGCAUUCCCCCUGGUGGCUCCUCAAAGAAUUGCCAAGAAAAGAUUGCCAAGAAUGCCAACCGCCUGAUUGACGCACUUGCGCACAAAGGCACUCUAGUUGGCUUCUCAGACAGCUUGAAAGAGUCUGAAGUGGCCAAGUUCAGCAGUGGUAUUGGCCCUUGCACCAACAUCUUUGACGCCAAGAUGCUUGCCCUUGCCCUUAUAGCCCAAAGAUGUGUUAGGUUUGCCAGGUCUCACAACAUCCAAAAAAUACAUGUCUUUUUGGACAACCUAGCAGCCAUACGCAUCAUCAACAGAUCCAAACCACACCCUGCUCAAUACACGUCAAUCCUCUUUUGGAAGGAAGUCCAUGCUUUUCUUAGGGACAACCCAAGGUGCAGGUUUGUGGUCCAAUGGAUCCCUGGACAUUCCAAGAUUGAUGGGAACAAACGCACUGACAGGUUAGCUAAUGAAGGACUCAACCUCCAUCCCACCGCAUUCUUCAACCAUACCACAACGUGGGCUAAAUGUCCAGCCACUCAACGCGCCUCCAAGACAUGGGCAAAAAUCUGGGCGGACAGCCCUCACUCCAAAACCGUGUGGAAACACAUCCCUUGGCCCCUGUCUCUCAAACUCCACCCCAUCUUCUAUAAUCCUGGCCUACCUUGCUCUGUUUCCUCUUGCCUUGUCCAUGUGAUGACAGGCCAUGGGUGGUUUGGCAAAUACAAGGACAGAAUGCCAUUCAUCAAGGGUUCCCACAAAUGCCCAUGCAGCAAGCAGAUCCAAAGCAUCCUGCACCUACUUUUCUUGUGCCCUCUCUCCAAAGAUAGCCACAAAAAUCUUACCAAUGUUGCACCUGAUCUCAACCCCCUCACCCUCUUUGGGUCUACCAAGGGCCUCAAAGUGGUUGCAAAAUUCAUUUUUCACUCCGGAAUUGGCCUCUACAAAUAA